AUCAUGUUUCUCCAUUUUUUUUUAUACUUUUGUGUCUUAAAAUAAUAGUCACCAGCCAAGAAUGACAUAAAAUUUUAAUUGCUGUCAGCCUUUGCCAUUUUCAAAUCCAAAACGAUAGAAACAAAAACCUCAAGAACUUUAGAUAAAGAUCCUGCAAGCUCAAGCCAACAACAACACCAUGAGAAAAAUCCUGCUUGUUAUCAACUGUAUCAUUCUAGCCAUAGGUAACUGCGGUUCCCCUCUUCUUACCCGUCUAUACUUCGUCAAAGGAGGGCAAAGAAUAUGGCUACCCAGCUGGAUACAGACAGCAGCAUGGCCUAUUAUUUUCAUUCCCCUCCUAAUCUCUUAUUUUCACCGCCAGAAAACUGAUCCACGGCCCGAAGACUCCAAGUUAAUUAUAAUGAAAUACCCUGUUUUCAUCGCUACUGCCGUCAUCGGCCUCCUCACCGGCUUAGACAACUACUUGUAUGCCUACGGGAUUGCACGGCUUCCGGUGUCAACCGCCGCAAUCAUCAUUGCUGCACAGCUUGUUUUCGUUGCUUUCUUUGCCUUCCUUCUUGUUAAACAGAAGUUUACAGCUUAUUCUGUCAAUGCCGUCAUCUUGUUGACAGUGGGAUCGGGCGUUUUGGGCUUGCAUACGGGCAGUGAUCGGCCGAAGGGAGAGUCGAAUAAGCUGUAUGUUUUAGGGUUCAUCAUGACGCUGGCGGCUGCAGCUUUGUACGGGUUGAUCUUGCCAAUGGUGGAGCUGAUGUAUAUGAAGGCGAAGCAGGCGAUUACGUAUUCUUUGGUGCUGGAAAUUCAGCUGAUUAUGUGUUUCUUCGCCACUGUUUUCUGCACCGUUGGGAUGCUCAUAAACAAGGACUUUCAGGCCAUUUCUAGGGAGGCAAAAGCAUAUGAACUUGGAGAAAUGAAAUACUACGUUGUGCUUGUUUCUGGUGCCAUUGUUUCGCAAUGCUUCUUCUUGGGUGCCAUUGGAGUCAUCUUUUGUGCUUCAUCAUUGGUAUCUGGCAUUAUAAUAGCCGUUUCGCUUCCAGUCACAGAACUCUUAGCUGUCAUUUUCUUCAACGAAAAAUUCCAAGCAGAAAAGGGUGUUGCUCUUUUCCUUUCUCUCUGGGGAUUUAUUUCGUAUUUCUAUGGCGACAUUAAGAAAAACAGAUCGAAGGAAGAGAAAAGUGAUCAGAAGAAUCCAUCUCAAGCAACAGAAAUGACUCCAGUUGCUGCCCCAUGAAAAAGUUAAAGCUCUAUGUAUCCUCAACAUAGGUAAGCAUGUCAAGGAAUAGGAGGAAAAGCUACAAGCUUGCCAUUUUAUGGGUCAGUAAAUUUUGGUGCUGCCCUGCUCAAGAAAUUAUUCCAUGAAGAUGAUGAAAGUUAACUGAGAUUGUGACUUGGAUUAUAGCUUUGUAUCAAUGGAUCAAUGGAUUUAUAGUUUUUGUAUGAUUGUGUGAUUAUAGAAAUGAUUCUCUGCUAGAGUUCCAUA